AUGGCGUCCUAUCUAGUUCUAAUAGUUGUAUCAGUGAUUUUUAUCGUUUAUGGAGGGAAGGUGAAUAAGAAACAGGGGAGAAGGGAAGGGCUCUGGAGAAAGAAACAAGCCGCCAUACAGGCACGAACGGACUUUAACAAACUAUGGGACGCUACUUUGGAGAAAGAUGAUAAAGAUAUGAAGGACCGUCCCCUCAGAGGACCAGGGGGAAGAGAGUUCAAAGGAUUGAAGGAUAUAUUUACUGAUGAUACCAAAACUCAAAGGUAUUUGCUGUUCCAAAAUGCAAGGACACAGAUUGGUAAAUUGAGGAACCAGCGAAACUUUAAAAUGGAGGAGAACUUCUUUUCCUUGAUGGAAACUAAUCACAGUCAACACGAUAUACAUUCCAGACACCCUAGUGAGAAGAAGAGUUACCUAGGAGUUAACAUGACUCAGAACUCCAGGAGUGAGGCACCACUUCAACUGAGCUCCAGUCCUGGAUCCCAGCAACCUCCUCCACCCAGACACAGUCUACUUAGGAGUACUAGAAGUAAGAGAAGUGAAGACACUCUGGACUGGAGAGAUUAUGGAGCUGUUACUUCCGUCAAAAACCAAGGGUCUUGCGGGUCAUGUUGGGCGUUUGGUUCGGUGGCAGCGAUGGAGGGAGCGUACUUCCUAGCCACAGGGAACGCUAAGAAUUUUAGUGAACAGCAGCAGUUGGAUUGUAGUGAAGAUUACGGAUGUAGUGGUGGAUGGUGGCCCACAGUAUGGGAUGAUGUAAGGACCAACUCCUACAUUUCUCUAAUGGAAGACUAUUCUUAUGUUGGUGAAAGUACGUUAAUAUCCUGUUACAUAUAA